GCCCAACUGUUCCUUCCGUACCUUCACGAUACCCAAUGUCCGAAAGGUGGGAAGCUGCAAUGGACACAAAGGAAGAAACAUCAGCAGCAGCAGCAGAAGGUCCUUCUUCUGAGCCCUUGCAAAUCCCCCAGGAUGCACCUACGCUGACGACUACGAUUGGGUCUGGGGACAUCGCGACCGAGGCAUCCGUAACAGAAACAUCAGCGGAGCUCACCAAAGGUGUUGAGAUCACUGAGCACGUAGAGAGCACCGAGGAAAGCGAGGUUGCCAAAGGCAACAAAGAAGACCGUCGGCUCGCUGAUGACGCCGACGACGCUGCCUCCGAGGUCAGUAGCGCUCUGAGCACCGAAGAAUGGGGCACCGGCACUUUCACAGGCGACCUGUUGCAUGAGUUGGACAACAUACAGACCCAGGGGUCUUUUGCCUCGUUUCACGCGUUAAAGCACGUAGACCCGGAGCUCUUCAUCCAGGAUGUCGGGCCUAUCAUCAUGCCGUUACCAGUACACCAGAUCCGGCAGAUGAUUGGCAUGGCCGCCCAGGCGCCCUUUGGCAAGGGAAGCGAGACCCUUGUAGACACCACGGUGCGGAACACGUGGGAGCUAGACCCGAAAUACUUUAAGCUUCGUAGUCCGCGCUGGGGGUCCGAUCUCCAGAAGAUUUGCGGAGUCGUCGCUCAUGACCUGGGCGUCAAGUUGCCGGUCAACGCGGAGUUGUAUAAACUGCUACUUUACGAAGAAGGGGCCAUGUUCAAGGCUCACACCGACACCGAGAAGUGUCCCGGCAUGUUCGGUACGCUUGUCAUCUGUCUCCCCUCAACGCACAAGGGAGGCGACGUGGUCGUAAAGCAUUGCAGCCAAACGAAGACGUUCAAGACCUCUGCGGUCGCGCAGUCCUUCGCCUGCUGGUACUCUGACGUCCACCAUGAGGUCCUGCCGGUCACAUCCGGCUACCGCGUGGUCCUGACGUACAACCUCACGAUCGACCAGGCCAGACAGCAGCCGUCUGCCGGGCUGGUGCGAAAUGAGAAUCGCGCAUUGCGCCACACGCUGAAGAGAUGGCUGCGUAAAGGAGCUGAUGGUGGGGAGGCGGAUUAUGUCUACUAUGGCCUGGACCACGAGUACACGGAAGCGAGCAUCUCAAUGAAAGCCUUGAAGGGUCGGGAUUCCGCCGUUGUGCAAACCCUGCAGGACCUUGCCUCUGGACUCGAUUUCGAUGUGCUCCUGGCCUUGACGGAGAUGAUGGAGGCUGGCUCCACAAGCCCCAACGGCUUUGAUCCUCGGUUCGACAGUUACAGAUCCAACUCCCGCAGAUACUAUAACGACGAAGACGAAAUCGAAAGUGAACCAGAUGAGGACCCAGGACCUCACGAGAUCGAAGAUGUAUUGGAAACGGAACUCUCGGUCAAACUGCUUGUGGACCUCCGCGGGCGCCCCAUCAUUCGCGACGUCAACCUGUCGCAGGAGCAUUGUCUUCGAGACGAGGGUUUUUUUGAAGGCGCCACUCGAAGGGAAGAGUACGAAGGGUACCAGGGUAACUGGGGACCCACGGCGACUCACUGGUAUCGUGUGACUGCUGCUCUGAUCAUCCGCCGGGACAGCAUCGCCAAGUUCUUCAAGGAUUCUCUCAGCCAGAGCCCUCGUUGUAGCGACAGCAAUGUCGCUCUCCCGCUCACUUAUCUCACUGAUUCGAUCCUCAAGGGCGGGUCGAAUCAGAAAUCGGUCUUCGACACUCUCAAAGAGACUUGGAACGCGUGUCUUUCAAUACCUGGAAGGGACAAUAGUCUGAAGUCAGACGGCCAUCUCAUCAGCAAGAUACUGCGAGCCGCCUGUCAGGUGGAGCAGUGGGACUUUUUCGAGAGCGCCGCGGGCGUCUUCCAAGGCACUUUGCCUCACGAAUACUACAAACUGCUUCACAAGCAGGUCGGCGAUGGCAAGGUCCCAUUCGAUAUGGUCAAAACCGGCUUGGCCUCCACUGUGAUCGGAUGCAAAUAUUUCUGGCAGGGCUAUUCAGCGAUAGAAGCAUUCGCGCCGAUUGACGAGCGACCGUCCGAUGAGAUUCGUGAAUGGGUGCAGAAAACCCUCGUCAAAAGCCUGACGGGCGCUGCCAGGUCCGCGUCUUUCGUCGGAGUUGAUGGAAUGGCGGUGGCUGUGAGCGCGCAGAAGUACGCCGACUUGGACUGGCUUUCAUCCACCGUUGUGCCCUUGAUCGAGGAUCACUUUACUGUACCAGCUUUUGCCCUCGGGUUCCUCUCGGCCUUGCUUCUGAGCAUCAGGCAAAAGGCUUUCCCGGCUAAAGUAACAGCAAAGCUGUAUAAGCGCCUCGCCAAAAACUUUGUAGCGAAGCUAGACUUCAGCACGAUCCAUGGCGACAGGCCAGAGGAAGAGACCCAAAAAGCGGCAAGGCACUCGUACUGGCACACGGCUCCAGCGCCUGCUCUUACCGCCGACAAAUACCUGGCCGUGACCCCUGACACCCUAGCGGAUGUCUUCCACGCCCUCCUCAUCUUGAGUUCGCCUCCGCGUGAAGAUCUGGCCAUGCUUCUAGCCAUGAAGCUCGCCUCUUUCGCCCCUAAGAUGCAGGCGGCUGACUUCCACCCGCUAUGGAUCCCUUUUCUGCAAAAGCUCCUCGUCAUCCUCAAGACCACGAAGACCCCGCUAACCACGCCGCGCUACCAGCAGAUAUUCGGCGCCAUACUCGAGUCCUACCGCGAGAACUACGUCGGACAGAAACCAUCGACCCCGGCAUCGGGCCCGUCCGGCGGCAUGUGCCUCCGGCUGAACUGCCCAUGCCACGACUGCCGUCAGCUGGAGGCGUUCCUCGCGAACCCCGCCACGCAGGUCUGCCGGUUCCCCGUUGGAAAGAAGGCGCGACAUCAUCUUCAUAAGCAGAUCGAGAAGCAAGGCAUCCAGUGCCUUCACGUCACCGGCCGAAGCGGGCCUCAGGAUACGCUGGUUGUCACUAAGCUGGGGCCGACGAUGAAUGCAAAGUACGAGGCGAAGCAAAAGCGGGCGGCCGAGAUGUUCCAAUCGUUUGACCAGACUAAAUUGGCCAUCUUGCUUGGUGAGGAUUAUCCAGCCAUCGCCGAGGGGCUGUGGAAGCGGCCACGGAGUUUGGCGGCGCGGCGCGGGUGUGCCACGCACACGCCGCCGGCGGCUGCCGUGCCUGUCAUUUCUCCACUGGGAAACACUCCGGCGCCCAGACCGUUCGAAUCUGCCACUGAGCCGGGAACAAAGAUGGCGGCGAACCUGGGCGGACCGUCGCAGUACUUGCCGAGGUUUGACCCGGUGUUGGCGGCAGCAGCUGGUCCUUCACAGUCGCAUCCCACCGCGACAAGGGCCGCGGAACGGGCCAUGAAACGGAAAGCAGAGCCGGAGAUAAUCGAUUUGACUUAGGCACUCGUCGGAAGGAAACGGCUCGAAUUGUGCUUUCAUGUCAGGCGCAGGCGUUCUCAGCUAGGCAGGAAUGAGAUUUGACCGGUCGAGCACUCGAUUGUCUAGGGAGAAACAAGGCAAUUCCCAUGCCAGCAUGAGGCGGGGGGUUCCAAAACCAGACGAACACUGGAAUGGUUCCCGCACGCUCAAGAAUGUCCCGCUUCUCCACUGCCGCGUUGCCUCGUCCGAAUCCGGGGACAGACCGCUGUUCAGCACCGCGAUCUUGGCUGGAGGACCAAUUAGAUUGGUGCCGGUGCGUUCCUCGGAGUCUCCAAUCUCGUCCGGAUGCGGCUCGGGUAUUACUUGGCAAGGCGUCGCGGCCGCGGCGCCGCCGCCCGCAUUCGGGUUCCCGGACACACCGAUGGGUUCCAUUUUUGGGUGAGUCUUCCACUGUCACCAGAACCAGGCCACGGGACUGAGGCGCGCGGCAACUUGCGUUGCCGCUUCCAUGGAAGUUGAGAUACAGCGGAGCUCUCACCGUGCCGACGCCGCUCACGAACGUCAUCUUCCGCCGAUUGGCUAUGUAUUGGGAAGCAAGGGCCGUUAAGGAAUAAAUCAGCAUCCUCUCAUGAGAGCCUUGUGCUGUAGGAACAUGAUCUUCAAGAGAUCUAGCAUCGCUGUCCGUCGGUGCCUUGGAUUCGAUCCUACAUGAGGUGCUGGUGGACCAGUCUCUACCCCAUACGACUAUACCCACUGGAGAAGACGGGAUCUCAGCUGCGUUGCCAUCUGCUUAUCGUCGGACAUGAAGUUUGCACUGCUCGUCGUGAUCAGCCCUCACCCGGGACCGAUUACGCCAAGUGCUCAGGCAAGCCUGGUGUACGGAAACACCUAUUGUACUCCGUACAGGCCCGACGUGUGAUUGGGAGGACGAAGGGGGUGCUGUGGCCCUGUGUAGUAACACUACCUAGGUAUCCGUACUCAAUAGUUAGCUAGUCGAUGGAAAUCACCUCCCAGGAUCGCAGGUGAUCGUCCAGCCCCACCGGUGCAGCACCCCGUCCGCCUCAUUGCUUUCCCCCAUCUCCUCCAGCGUAAAGUCCAGGUCUUGUGAGCCAAACCACAGAGGUCACAGGUUGUCAACUCCUAUACGAAUGGGAGGCGACAUGUCCGAAAAGGCCUAGGGACAAAGUGCUCUUCUGCCUUGGC